UGAUGUGGAGGAAGGAGGGGCUCCCAGUCUGUCGAACACACGUACUACGGAAAUCGUUACAGGGAAGAUGGAGGAUUGUGUGGAAGUGAUGGAGAGGACCUCAUCCUGCAGCAACAUCGCUUUUGAAAGCAGGUGUACCUGUGGUAAUUGUGCAAUGAUGCCAACCAAAGGACAGAAUGUGUGCUGCAGGGAGACACCCAAGUCUCUCCCUUGCUGCCUGCUGAUGAAGGACUCCUAAAACCUCCUAAAACUCCUCUGACACUUGAACUAACCAGAGUCAGACAGAUAUGAACCAUCAGGAGAUGGAAAGUGAGCAAUUGGCAAUGCAGGAAACCAAUGCGACUCCUCACCAUUGCCAUAAUAAUUACAGUGGAUACCGUAACUACAGCAAUCAGGAAAAGCAGCACAGAUGCUGUGAGGCCCCAGCUGGAGGCAGUGAUGGUGGCAGAGCCAGGGCACUACAACUGUGUCACCCACAGAAUGAGCGAAGCAUUGAGCCGCUGUAUGGAGCUCAGUCUCCACAGCCCCAGCAGACACAGCCUAUUCCUAGACCUGCGGUGACACGUUACCGAAGACAGGGGGAUAACAAGGCCCAGAUCAGAGUUCAACAUCAGAGGCAUAGACAGAGGCUGCAGAGAGAGGCAGAGAGAGCACAACACCAGAAUGAGCAAUGCCAUCCAGAGAUGACCAAAGAAGAUGAACGAGAGAGGGACAAUUCAGUGCUGGCCCGUUCAGCAAGCACUGAGAGUGGCUUUCACACCCAUACUGACCGGGCUGAGGGGGAUGAUGGUCUGGUCAUGAUGGUUUUGGAGACUGAGGCACAGCCAGAGGCAGAGGACAAGGCUGGGAACUAUGAAGUCCAGCUAAGGCCAGAGGCAGAGGGAUACACUGAGAGUGCUGAGGCUGAACAGCAACAUCUCCAUUCACAACAUAACUAUCCUCAACCCCCCCGCAUGACACAUGAACCCCUGCUUAAUAUCCCAAGCCCCCACAGACAGGAUGAUUCAGAAGAAACACUGAAUGCUGGAUAUUCCAGCUACAUCUACACCCAACCCCUCAGCUACUCCAGAGCAAGGGCCGAUGUCUUGGUUGGUCUGCAGUUGGAGAGUUUUGAUAACGGACUAGUAGAUGAAGCCUAUUCUGAGCCAUAUGACAUUUACUCAUUGUCUGAGCAUGUAUAUGAGGAAAUCUGCGAAGCCCCACCAUCAGUUUCAUCUGCUGCAAAUGGGGCUGGAAACACAGAGUCUCUUGAACAGAGAAAGGCUGGCUUUAAACUGUUGGAGGGCCAGGCAGUAGGUGGUGACUACCAUCAGCAGGAGGCAGUGGGUUCCCGAUUGCGCCACUAUGAUGAACGCUCGGAUGGCGAGUCAGACAGCCCAGAGAAAGAGGCUGAGUUUGCCCCAUACCCCCGUGCUGACAGCUGUGAGCAGGUGGAGGACAUUGACAGCAUUGUGGGUGAGGUAAAAGAAAGCCGAAGCUCUCAGAGUCUUCUUUGUAAUGCAGAGGGCACAAUGUAUGAAAAAGGUGAGCUACCACAGGAUGUAGAAAAACCUCAAAAUAAGUCCCAGAUUGACUCUGAUAAACAUCAAAAAGCCAACUACCGGGGGAAGCCAGCCACACAACUGUCUGUUAGUCCUUCAGAGGACCCUGUAGCAAUGAGGAACAGUUGUGAGAAGAGGGACACCAUAUCUCUAGCUAUCAAGGACAUUAAGGAGGCCAUAGAGGAGGUGAAGACCAGAACAGUGAGAUCUCCUUACACACCUGAUGAGCCCAAGGAGCCCAUUUGGGUAAUGAGGCAGGACCUGAGCCCCACUGUCAAGUGUGACAUUAAGCCACUGGGAGGUGAUUCUCCUGGUUCAAGCUCACCCUCGCCUCCAGGAGCAGAGUCAUCCCACAGAAGUCUGCUGCAGGAUUACAGCGGUGAAAUUUCUCCUUCUAGUAAAGAGUCCAGAAGAAGCCUUGCUUCCUUCCCCACAUAUGUAGAGGUCCCAGGCCCAUGUGACCCAGAGGACCUGAUUGAUGGAAUCAUCUUUGCAGCCAACUACCUUGGCUCCACUCAGCUGCUCUCGGAUAAAACAUCAUCCAAGAACGUCCGCAUGAUGCAGGCACAGGAGGCCGUCAGCCGCAUCAAGGUCCCUCAGGAUGCGCCUCAGCCCAUGACAGAGGUGGAUCUCUUCAUUUCUACUCAGAGAAUCAAAGUGCUCAAUGCAGACUCCCAGGAGACCAUGAUGGAUCACCCUUUGCGGACCAUCUCCUAUAUUGCUGACAUUGGCAACAUCGUGGUUCUGAUGGCCCGGCGCAGGAUACCUCAACCUGAAUCUCAGGAGAAUGUUGAAGCCUCAGACCCGGGUCAAGAAAGCAAGCGCCAAUACAAGAUGAUAUGCCAUGUAUUUGAGUCUGAGGAUGCCCAACUGAUUGCACAAUCCAUUGGACAGGCCUUUAGUGUAGCUUACCAGGAAUUCUUACGGGCUAAUGAUAUUAACCCUGAGGACCUUAGCCAGAAGGAGUACAGCGACCUGCUCAACACUCAGGACAUGUACAAUGAUGACCUUAUCCACUUCUCCAAGUCUGAGAACUGCAAAGAUGUGUUCAUAGAGAAAGCUAAAGGAGACAUUCUGGGUGUUGUCAUUGUGGAGAGUGGGUGGGGCUCCAUCCUACCUACUGUCAUCAUUGCCAACAUAAUGCAUGCUGGGCCGGCUGAGAGGUCUGGCAGACUGAACAUAGGAGACCAGAUCAUGUCAAUCAAUGGAACCAGUCUGGUGGGACUGCCAUUGUCCACCUGUCAGAGCAUCAUAAAGGGUCUGAAGAACCAGUCUCAGCUCAAGCUCAACAUAGUCAGAUGUCCCCCAGUGACCACUGUUCUCAUCAGACGUCCAGACCUCCGCUACCAGCUGGGCUUUAGUGUCCAGAAUGGCAUUAUUUGUAGCCUUAUGCGUGGAGGCAUUGCUGAACGAGGCGGGGUAAGAGUGGGUCACCGCAUCAUUGAAAUCAACAGCCAGAGCGUGGUUGCCACGCCUCAUGAAAAAAUUGUUCACAUCUUGUCCAAUGCUGUAGGAGAGAUCCACAUGAAGACAAUGCCUGCAGCCAUGUACCGCUUGCUGACCGCGCAGGAGCAGCCUGUUUACAUGUGACAAGACAAGACACACACCCUUCAAACUUCCUGCAAUCAAGUCACUUUCCAAGUCAACCUCAUUUGUUCAGCCAGGGCUCAUCCUAACUCUUCCAUCCACAGCCAGUGCAGUGGAUAGGAGUUGUAUUGAUGUUUUUUUUGCCUCAUUUUAAGCAAUGAUGAGCGUUUUGGUCCUCGUUUUAUUAGGUAAAUGAGAACCACAGUGGCAUGAAGAUGGGAACAUCCAACCCUGACCAUCACACCCUGUUCGUACAUCUACCAUGCUGCUAUUUCACUGGCAGAACACUGCCUUUUUACCUCCACCAAAGUUCUCUGCACAACACAGAACCCUCCACAGCGAGAAGAUCUGUGUUUUGCUGACAAUUCUGUGUGAACACACUCCCUCUUUAUCACAUUACACAUUGGCUGCAUUUUUGAAAAAUCGACUCUCCUUAAAUUUUGCUCCUCACAUUUCUAACAGGACAGGUUUGUGACUCUACUGUAGUCGAUUAUUACAAUGGUUGUGUUUUUGUCAUUCCACUUGUUUCAUUAAUGUAUUCUCUGCACAUAGCUCCAGUAGUAGUUCCAGUCCUCAUGUAAUAACCACAUUUAGCCUAAAACCAUUCAAACACCAGGGUAAGCAGGUACAUAUAUAAGAUAGAGAAAUGUAGUCUGAAUGACCCCAGGCUGAUAAAUACUUAAACUGUAUAUGAAUAUUCAUUUCAAUGCUACUCUGACAUUAAAUUUCACACAAACAGUAACAAGAGCUCUUGUUUACCAUUCUUUUUUUGUGAUAAACUGCAAUAAACUCAUUUUACUUGGGAGGGAGGCAUUAUGCCCUUUGUAAGGCUUUAAAUCGGUGUAGGAGAUUAAGUUAAGUGGCACUGUCAAUAGCUUACCUGUAAAUGUCACAUCAAAGCAGAACUUGGACGUGUGACUGAAAACAGUGAAAGCUGUAAAGUUGAUCUAAAUGAAACCUUCCAUUGAAGCUGCUUUGUGUUAAGAGAAAACAUCACAUUUAAGGAUUAGAUCUGAGAACAGGGGGGCCUGUUACCCAAAUCUGAUGAAAAAUACGGGAAAAAAUUAAAAAGGUCAAGGCUCUACUAUGGAUAUCUUUGAAAGCCUGACUUUCCCUGUAGUUGAGUUCAAUAAAGGCAUUGGACACAAUUUGAGAAUUCACCCUAACAAACAAUAUUUAAGCUCAGGUGCAGCACUUAACAAACUACAAAAGUCAUACAAAACAGUGCAAUCAUUCUGUUAAAUAAACCUCCCACUAAUGAAAUCCAUUGUAAAGGACUUUUUCAGGGAUCACCAAAGACCCUCUCAACUAACCUUUGUAUAUGUAGCUUAUAUGUAGCUUCAUUUAGCUUCGUAAAUGGUUGAGAAUGACUUUUUAAUGUUUCUAUAAAAUGCAUUAAAUUGGAAUUAUUAAAUUCAAAUGUGAAGACAGAGUAGGAUGAAAGACCUUUUCAAUGAAUAGGAUAUAUAUUAUCGGGAUUAUGGCAUUGUUAUGACCCUGGUCUUUUUAAUGCAUAAGUUUAGUUGUUCCUCAACUGAAAUACAAAACUUAUGUAUUCUGACAAAUUUGUAGUUUGUCCAUUCUAGUGCGCUCAGUUGGAGGCAAUUCUGUUUUAAGAUUAUACAGUGAAAAGAUACUGACAGACAUCCAGGAAGACAGAAACAGGCAGCAAUUCAGCAAAUCUUCCCCUUGAAAGGAUUUCCGGUCCACCACUGCUCUACCGCAGCCAUUUUUCAUUUUCUGAAAUGCAAACUGUUCACAAGUUCAAUUUUUCAG